AGAACGAGACUCUGCCUCAAAAUAAAUAAAAUGAAAUGGUGAUUUGGAGUAUUGCUUCCCUGGGAAAAUGCUGAUGGCAUGUGUAUCCUUAGCAGAAAAAGCAAGUUGUAAGAGUCUGGAAGCCAUAACCCCAUUUUUGUUCAUUCAAAAAUUAUUUGCAUAGAAAAAUGACCAGAAAACAGUUACAAAUUACAGUGUUGGCAACGAUGACGCUGAGGAGGAAGAGCAGGGGCCCAUGGAGAAGGACAGGGUCCGUACCACCAGAUGCAGAAACUGAGCUUCAGGGAAGCCGAGGAGCUCACCCUGGGUCCUACGGCCGGCAAGUGGCACAGCCAAGAUCCGAACCCAGCUGCCCCAAAGCGGCCGGAGCAUUGCGACUAAGGCAGACGUGAGCGCUAGGAUCACAGCCACCAGCACUGCUACAGCGCCUUCCCUUUUAGUGCCUCCUGUCAACACUGAGAGGGGAUGCAGCUGAGCUGCUUGGAGCCUUCAUGUUGGACAUCCAGGUGGGCCUGGGAACAGCCUUGGAGCUCCCAGACCACCUAUCUGGCCACCACAGGAUGGAGUGCCCAGAUGGAGCUUCUGCCAGCUGUCCAGGAGGCACCCAGGCUGGGACAUCCAAGCUGAGCCCUGGGCUGGCCUGGCCUGGCCCAGCCCGCACUGAUGAGGCAAUGACCUUCGCACAUGCUGUCCCUCAGCCCUGCAAGAACCAUCUGCUGGAGCCGAGCAGAGGCUGCCUCCUUCGGAUGGGACCUGUACCCUUUACUCCUCUAUCGCUGUGCCACACCAAUCCAUCAUCACACUUAUAUGUCAUCUUCUCAGAGACAACCCGUAAACCCCUCGGGGCCCAGAGGCCACGCCUCACUCGACAGCUCGGGAAAGCCAGGCACAGGGGAAGAAGCAACUUGCGGAGGUCAUGCAGUGACAUGGAGCCACAGCCUGGCUUCCUGACACCCCUUCUGCCCUACCAGGCUGAUGCCCAGGUGGAGAAGCUGAGGCCCAGAGAGGUGAGUGGCAUGUCCGAAGCAGCCCAGCACAGGGUGCGAGGCAGGCAGGGCUGGGCUCCCCAGCCUCCCCUGUGAACCAUCUGCCCGCCGGUUGCAGGAGGCGUUCCUGGAAAGCAAGCGGGCUGAGUUCCUCGUAGAGAUCAGAAGAGCAACAAGAUCUCCAGGCCAGGGCAGAGGUCCCCGCCCUGGAUGCUGGUGACACUUCCCCUGGGCGGGAGGGGCCGGGAGCACUCAGAUCUCAGCCCUGAACAGCCUGUCCUCUCGCCUUGAGGUUCUUGGUAGGCUGGGAACAGCCUGUCCUGCUGAGCUUCCUGUCGCCUCUCUAGCUGCCCGCAGGCUGCACAGCUGCCACCGCUGGCCCUGGCCCGGGAGAGGCGGGUCUCUGGAGCUCUUAGCAGGCCGUGGUGGUGGGGGUGUCUUGGGGCCAGCCUGAGCUGCAAGACCAUCACAGCUCACAAGCCACCUCCCCACUCUGUUGCCGGCUCUCCUUGAAGACACUUUUUUUUCAAUGAACCAAAGCAGUGCAUGGCAAUGUGAUAAGAGAAUCAAAUACAGAGCAACAGAAUCAAUGCCCCACACCGGGAAAUUGCCGACUUUCUGUUCCCUCCCCCACCCUUUCCUUCCCUCCCCUCCUCCUUCCACCACUCCCUCCAUACCACAAACAUUUAUUGAGCACCGGCUGUGUGCCAGCCACUGUUCUAGGCCCUGAAGACACAGAAGUAAACAAAAAAAGAGUCCCUGUCACAUCCUGGAGGGACCUUCCCCGUGUGUAUGUGUGUGUGUGGGUGGAUGUGUGUGUGUGUCUAUACAGUGUAUCCAGACAGCGGAUAAUAAAAGCUGUUUAUCAGGCACUUUC